GGCAGAUGAAAGGACUUCAUGUGGUCGAUCAAUACAGCUCCUUGUCCACAGUGUUGUGGGCGAGGUCGACAACACACGACUAUUUAGUCUGCAGUUGCACUCAGGAUCCUAACAGGACGAAGAAGCUGCUGUCAAUGGAGGCCUCAAAGGACGAUAUGUCAGACCUGGAGGAUGGCAUGGUUACGAUUGUCCGGGUCUUCCACAAGUACUCGGGUCACAGCUGUAAACUGAAGAAAGCACAGCUUAAAGCGCUCAUCAACAAUGAAAUGAGUCAUUUCAUAAUGAAAAUCCAGGAGAAUGAUGUCCUGGAUGAGCUGUUCGCUGAUCUGGAUCAGAACAGGGACCUGGAGAUCGACUUCCAGGAGUUCAUAGCCCUCAUCGCUAUGGUCACAUCAGCGUGCCACGAGUUCUUCAGCCCGAAGCAUCACGAUGAUUAAUCAGCUGCUUGGCCCGUUCACUAUUUAAAGAAAACAGAAUGUAUGAUGAUUAUUGUUUAAAACAAUUGGCAGCUGGAUUCUUGUUUUAUGUUGUAUCUUAUUUAUUUGUGUUGAGACUGGAGGGCUCCCGGCUGCCACUGAGAGUUCCAGGAGACCCUGAACGCAUCGCCUGAUGAUCACAAUGUUAGAUUACUGAACAAAAUUAAAUAAUUAGAUCUGAGGGUUGCAAA